GCCCCCUCUUGCCCCCACCCCAUUCCUUUCCCCCAUCUCAUCUUCUCUCUGCAAUUUUCUCCGUCAAUUCUUCUCGGGAAGGAUUCUCCAUCAUCAUUAGCAAGAAUCCAGCACAGUUGUUUACCAAAAAGGGAUUCACAUUGCUCCAACAACCCAAGAACAGCCGAAGUUCCGACAAUGCAGGACACAAUGUUGGUCCCUCCUUGGCUAGAACCGCUGCUAAACACCGGCUUCUUCUCGGUGUGCCGCACGCACGGCGAUGCCGCCAGGAGCGAAUGCAACAUGUAUUGCCUGGACUGCAAUGAGGACGCAUUUUGCUUCUACUGCCGCUCCUCCAAACACAAAGACCAUCAGGUUAUUCAGAUAAGGAGGUCGUCGUAUCAUGAUGUGGUGAGAGUUUCAGAGAUUCAAAAGGUAUUGGAUAUAAGCGGGGUACAGACAUACGUGAUAAACAGCGCGAGGGUUUUAUUUCUGAAUCAGAGGCCGCAGCCUAAAACCGGCAAGGGAGUAUCCCACAUUUGCGAAACCUGCGGGAGGAGCCUUUUGGACCCGUUUCGAUUCUGUUCAUUGGGAUGUAAGCUUGUAGGAAUAAAGAGGAAUGGCGAUGCAAGCUUUACCUUAGAUGCAAAGAAUGAGGUAGUGGCAACGGGAAGAGGUGAAGGGAUAUCGUCAAGAGGAGUGUUAAUGUCUUCAUCAAAAGAAGAAGGAGAAUUGCGUGAAGGCACACAAAAUGACAUAUGCCCGGCCACGCCUCCUCCGCCUCCUUCAACUGCAAGGAGAAGAAAAGGCAUUCCCCAUAGAGCGCCCUUCCGCUCCUAAGUUAUUACUAUUAAGUUAAUCACGUUACCACCCUCCUCCCCCUUCUCUCCACAUUCCCCCCCACUCCACCCGGGGGCCUUAUAAAUUAAACGUCCAGUACUUUAGACAACUCAUAAAUUAUGGCUCACAAACCUCAAUUUAGGGGGUCGCUGUCCCAAAACAAUUGCAGCACCUAGCUCGCUUUUCCUUCUUUCCUUUGGGGAGGAAUAGAGGAGGGCCUUUUGUAAUUUGUUUUGGAGGAGGAGGAAAUGGGGGCUGCCCACCUACAAAAAGCCUUAGUAAGUUCCCCUUUUGGCUUUGAAGGGGGCCCCAAAACCAUACAAAUUCUCCCGUGGGGAGGGCAAUAAUGCAGAAUUAUUGUUGAAAGCAGCAAGGUGUACAUGUAAUUAAGAAAUUAAAGCAAGUCUUUGUGGAGUCCGUUUUAUA